AUGCUGUACAAUCGCCUGCUGCUCUCCUUCUACAUCCUCACCUUUCUGAUGGGGGUCCCUGCCAACAUCCUGGCAUUCUGCACCUUCUGCCGCAAGGUGCACCGCAAGGCAGCCCCGAUAGACAUCCUCCUCCUCAACCUCACCAUCUCUGACCUCAUCUUCCUGGCUUUCCUGCCGUUUAAAAUGAAGGAGGCCUCUGAUGAUAUGGCCUGGAUGAUGCCCUACCCGCUGUGUCCCCUCACUGGUUUCCUGUUCUACGUCACCAUCUACAACAGCACCCUCCUCCUAACGGCUGUGAGUGUGGAACGCUACCUGGGUGUCACCUUCCCCCUCUGGUAUGCCCUGUGUCGCAGGCCUCGCUACGCCGUGUUGGCCAGCAUCAUGUUCUGGGUGGUGAGCUCUCUGAACCUCAGUUUCGUCUACAUCAUUCCCUACGCCCAGUGGAGCAAAGGUGCAGAAAGUGACAACAACAAUGGCAGCACCUCCCUGCCUCCACCCACCUGCUAUCGGAAUUUCUCUGCGGAUGAGCUCAACAUCGUGGUGCGAGUCCGCCUGGAGCUCUUCUUAGUCCUCUUCUGCAUCCCCUUCCUGAUCUGCUGCUUCUGCUACGUCAACUUCAUCCUCAUCCUGUCCCGUCUUCCAAACAUCGGCAGGCGGCGGAAGCUGCGUGCCAUUGGCCUAGCGCUUGGCACGCUGGUUGUAUUCGCCGUCUGUUUCGGGCCUUACAACGCCUCCCACGUGGUGGGGUUUGUUCGUCAGGAGAGUGAGGAGUGGAGAAACGUGGCGUUAAUAUCCAGCACCUUCAACGCCUGUCUGGAUCCAUUUAUCUUCUACUUCUCUUCAGCGGCUGUCAGAAGCAUGUUAAAUCAGUGCUUUAGGAACACCAUGGCAAAGCUGCACAUCCUGAGGUGUGGAGGGGCGCCUCAAUGUCCUCACCAGAGACCCUCUAAGGCUGGGAAAUACAGGGAAGCUCCACUUCCUUGAGAGCUCUAGAGAAAUUAUUGGCGCAAAGUGUUUUUUGAGAGCGUGCGCUUGUUUAUUCCUUGUUUAUGCCUGCUUGUUUAUUAAAAGAAAAUAUGAACAAAACAAAUGACUGAAUGAACUCUAAACAGUGAGGGGAGCUUUUUAUACGA